UUAAAUGGGCAACACACGGCGCGCGGGACCGCACUGGCUUCACUUUCCUCCCUGCGGCAAUGGCCAACUAUUUCCGACUGGGAGAGCUAGGAGUGGAGAAAAGAGAUUUGAAGAUGGGGAGGGGGAAGAUAGAGAUUAAGAAGAUAGAGAAUCCGACUAAUCGGCAGGUGACCUACUCGAAGAGGAGAGCUGGGAUUAUGAAGAAGGCGAGGGAGAUCACUGUUCUCUGCGAUGCUGAGGUUUCGCUUAUCAUGUUCUCGAGUACUGGGAAGUUUUCUGAGUACUGUAGCCCUUCGACGGAAACGAAGAAGGUUUUUGAACGCUACCAGCAGGUAUCUGGCAUUAACUUGUGGAGCUCGCAGUACGAGAAGAUGCUGAAUACGCUUAACCAUUCGAAGGAGAUCAAUCGCAAUCUGAGGAGGGAAGUAAGGCAGAGGAUGGGGGAAGAUCUUGAGGGACUGGAUAUCAAGGAACUGCGCGGUCUUGAGCAAAACAUUGAUGAGGCAUUGAAGCUAGUACGAAAUAGAAAAUAUCAUGUAAUCAGUACUCAAACGGACACCUACAAGAAGAAGUUGAAGAACUCCCAAGAAACACACCGGAACUUAAUGCACGAAUUGGAAAUCGUUGAGGACCACCCAGUGUAUGGGUUCCACGAGGAUUCAAGCAAUUAUGAGGGUGUUCUUGCUCUUGCAAAUGACGGGUCUCACAUGUAUGCCUUCCGGGUGCAACCCAACCAACAAAAUCUUCAAGGAACGGGAUAUAGCUCUCACGAUCUUCGCCUCGCUUGAUAUAAUCGUGUAAGUAGUACAAUCACAUAUGCAGUCUUCAUUUUAUUGUUCGCAAAUUAUGCUCUCAGUAGCUGGUAUCUAAUGUAGAACUAACUACUGCAACUUGCUCUUAUCUUGCUAUGUGUGAUUCUGUGGUAAUGUGGACUAAAAGUAUUUGUUGCACUUUGGUAGUUUUACUGUGUUUUUUGCAUAAUAAUAACACAUCACCCAUAUGUCAAA